AUGUCCGCCAACAGAAUGCGCAGCCGCAGCAAUGCGCACAGUGAAGAAGAAUUCAUUCCCGGCACGCGACGGCUCCACGAGAGCGGCUACGCCCUGCCAGGAGACGCGUCGCUGCAGAAGUCGGGCAAUAUCCUCCUUGUACCUCAGCCCACCAAUUCACCCAACGAUCCGCUGCGCUGGUCCUUGUGGCGCAAAAUCUGGCACUCGCUCCUCGUUCUGUACAUGGUUGGCCUCACCGCAGCAACCUCGAACAACGCGGGAUCCGGGUCUGAUGGUGUGAAUCAAGAGUAUGGCAUCAGCUACGAUGUCUUCAAUACCGGCGCUGGCGUGCUUUUCAUCGGCAUCGGCUACUGGGCUCUUUUGAGCUCUCCUCUCGUGCACUUGUAUGGGCGGAGGCUGGGCUAUCUUGCCUCGCUCGUGCUCAACAUCGGCGGCCUUAUCUGGUAUGCGCGCAUCGACAGCGUCUCCGGUGUGGUGUGGAGCCAAUUGUUCGUUGGAGCUGCUGAGUCGGUCGGCGAAGCUACUGCCCAACUGUCGCUUCUCGACAUCUGGUUCGAACAUCAGACUGGUAGUGUUCUUGGCAUGUACACAUUUGCGACGGCUAUUGGCACCUAUCUUGGCCCUCUAAUUGGUGCCUACGUAUCUGAGGGACUCGGUUGGCGUUGGAUCGGCUACGUUGGUGCUAUCAUUUGCGGCGGCAGCCUUGUCGUCUUCUAUUUUGGCUUGGAAGAGACGGAAUUCUCGCGCGAUCGUUACCCCGCCAAUAACAAUGACCGCCCCGUUAGCAAAAGCUCUCCGGAUGGUGCCAGCGGUGAGAAGACAGCAUGCGAGCCCACCCCGGACACGGAAUUCUCAUCCAGGGAUCGGAAAAAGUCUUACUGGGAGCGCAUCCGCAUCAUCACCCCGGCACCGAACCUGCGCGGAACAGGUUUCAAGCAGUAUCUUAAUCGUCUGUGGCACACCCUGCGUGUCUUCACUUUCCCGGCUGUGUGGUAUGCCGGACUGCAAUGGGGCUUCCAACAGUCCUGCUUGACCUUCUAUCUCACCCUACAAGAGGACACAUGGUCUGGCCACCCGUGGAAUUACGGAUCUGUUGCGGUGGGCAAUAUGAACAUCCCCACGCUGAUUGGCAGUCUCAUUGGCUGCGCUUAUGGAGGAUAUGGAAGCGAUGCGUUCAUGCAGUGGAUGAUCAAGCGCAACAAAGGUGUGAUGGAGGCUGAAUACCGGCUGUAUCUGAUGGCACUUUGCACCUUGAUCUUCCCUACCGGCAUUUGGCUGUUUGGUAUCGGCACGGCUCGAGGUUGGGAUUGGCCUGUGCCGUACGUUGGGCUGGGCUUCAUCGGUUUUGGCUAUGGCUGUGCUGGUGACUUGAGUUUGUCGUACCUUGCAGACUCAUUCCCGGAAAUGGUUCUUGAAGGCAUGGUAGGCGUCGCAGUCAUCAAUAACACGCUUGCAAUGGUAUUCACCUUCGUCGCCAGCUUCUGGAUCGACUCGGGCAUAGAGAACUGCUUCGUCGUUCUUGGAAUACUAGGUUUACUGGUUAUGGGGCUGAGUCUACCCAUGGCCUUGUUCGGCAAGCGCACGCGGAGGUGGGCGAGGGAUCGGUAUGCAACAUUUGUCCACAUACGCGACGGAUUUUCACGGUAACAUCUGAUAUCCACUGUACAUAUAGAGGCAGUACAUAAGCGCAAGAAAGAGAUGUGCAAGUGG